AUGAAAAGAAGAAAAAGAACUGGCUCUCCCCAACCAGAAGAGAAGAAAGAACUGGAAAGGGCGAAUGUCACAACGACAACGAAUUACAACGAAGAAGAACUGAGAGACAGAUGCCACAGAAAGGACGGGAACAGGGAGGAUGAAGUAUCAAAGAACAACGACAUCACGAGGCGAAACUACCGACGAAGUAAACAGAGAGGACGGAAUGGUUAUCACCAGAAACAAAUAACCUUGACUACUAUGCAGGGAGCAAGAUUAGUAGCAGAACUGUAUGGGGAUUCAAACACCAACCAACCACCACCGUCCCACAACCAACCAAUAACAGAAACCAAAAGAACAAGGCAACCUCCUUGGAAAAGGCGCCUGGAAAAGCAAAUCAUGCUGGAGGAGGAGGAGGAGGAGGAGGAAAAGGAGGAGGAAAAGGUGGAGAGGAGGAAAAGGUGUAGGGGAGAGGAGGAAAAGGUGGAAGAGGAGGAGAAGGAGGACGGGGAGGAAAAGGAAGAGGAGGAGGAAAAGGAGGAGGAGGAAGAGGAGGAGGAGGAAAAGGAGAGGAGGAGAGGAAAAGAAGAGGAGGAGGAGGAGGAGGAGGAGAGGAAGGAGGACGGGGAGGAAAAGGAAGCGGAGGAAAAGGAAAAAGAAGCGGGAUGA